GAAUUUUGACACCCGUACUCUCUGCUUUGGCUUUCCCUCUGAAAAUAGUAAUGCCUGCUCUCCACUGGAGUAGAAAAAAGUCAAAAACCAGAAACAAUGUCCCUGCAAACUCUUCUUCCUCCUUCAUCUCCUCAUCUCCAUCGGAAACUCGAAAGGAAAUCUUCUCGAUUCUUCACUUCACCAAAUCUUAGAAUUCUCUCACCGCCCCAACCGAGGCCUCUGAAUUCCACGAAACUCUCUUCAAAUCCCAAAGCCACACAGUUUUUCAACUCCCACACUCUAAACGCUCUCUCUGAUAUCAAACCAUACCUUCUCUCCCAACACAGAUCAAUCAUCUUUGGUUGGCUCUGCAGUUUCGUAUCCGUUUUAUCCAUCUCCCAAAUCGUCUCCAGAAUCGGCAAAUUUUCCUCCAUUGUUGCCACCGCCGGCGAUGCUGUCAAAUUGCGUGAUGAGGGUUUGGUCCUCGGUGCUCUCUUCUUGGUGCGUUUAAUUUCCAGUUACUUGCAGCAAGCUGUUCUAUGGGAUGCGGCGUUGAAUGUGAUGUAUGAGAUCAGGGUUUACGUUUUUCAGAGAGUUCUUGAGAGGGAGUUAGGGUUUUUCGAAGGUGGCAGCGGGGUUUCUCCGGGAGACAUUGCGUAUCGGAUUACAGCGGAGGCUGCUGAUGUAGCUGAUACUAUCUACGCCCUUCUCAAUAAUAUUGUGCCCAGUACUCUUCAGUUAUCAGCAGUGGUGACUCAAAUGCUGCUUAUCAGCCCCACCCUUUCAUUAAUCUCAGGAAUGGUCAUUCCAUGUAUGGCUUUUGCAACUGCCUAUCUUGGUGAGAGGCAACGGAAGGUUUCUAAGAAGGCGCAUCUCAGCAUUGCUAAUCUAUCAGCCUACCUGAAUGAGGUCUUCCCAGCCAUUCUUUUUAUUAAAGCAAGCAAUGCCGAGCUGCGUGAGAGUGUCAGGUUUCAAAAGCUUGCUAAUGCAGACCUAUAUGAACAUCUAAAAAAGAAAAAAAUGAAGGCACUCACACCCCAUAUCAUACAAAUUACAUAUUUUGGGGCAUUAUGUGUACUGUGUGUUGGAUCACUGGUGGUUUCAAGAGGUUCUUUUGAUCUUUGUAGCAUGGUUUCCUUUCUAACAUCAUUGGUUUUCUUGAUUGAGCCAAUCCAGGGUUUUGGAAAAGCAUACAAUGAGGUGAAGCAAGGAGAACCCGGCAUUGAACGCUUGUUUGAUUUGACCAGGUUUAAAUCGAAGGUCACUGAAGAACCAGAUGCUAUUGACUUGGAUUUUGUCAUAGGAGAGGUGAAAUUUUGUGAUGUGUCUUUUAGGUAUGGGGAUAAUAGGCCUCUUGUUUUUAAUGGAUUGAGCCUCCAUGUCAAAGCUGGAGAGACGGUUGCUCUUGUCGGGCCAUCGGGUGGGGGGAAGACAACCCUUGUAAAGUUGCUUCUUCGUCUUUAUGAUCCGUUAUGUGGAUGUAUACUUGUUGAUAACCACAACAUCCAAAAUGUUCAGUUGGAAAGUUUAAGGAGACAUAUUGCUCUGGUUUCUCAAGAUAUAACACUCUUUUCAGGAACAGUUGCUGAAAACAUUGGGUAUAAGGAUCUAAUGACCGAAGUUGACAUGGAGAGGGUUCAGCAUGCAGCACAAACAGCAAAUGCUGAUGAAUUUAUUGAUACUCUUCCAGAAGGGUAUAAGACCAAUAUUGGACCAAGGGGCUCAAUUUUAAGUGGGGGCCAGAAACAAAGGCUAGCUAUUGCAAGGGCACUCUAUCAGGAUUCCUCUAUAUUGAUCUUGGAUGAGGCAACUUCUUCUCUAGAUAGCAGGUCUGAAAUUCUAGUGAGACAAGCUGUGGAACGUUUGAUGGAAAAUCAUACUGUAUUGGUCAUUGCACACCGGUUGGAAACCGUUCGAAUGGCUAAACGAGUAUUUCUUCUGGAAAAUGGAAAGCUCGAGGAGCUGGCUAGUUCAAGUAUUUUGGAUGGACAUCACCGGACUGGGCUUGUCAUUUAAGGUUUUUGUGAAAUUCGACCGGCGUACCAUGUGCCCAAAGUCACAAGCUACAAGGAUUCAUAUCGAGCUUCGUGACACUAAUCUUCAUUACAAAUCCAGCAUUGUUGAGCUGCUGCUUAUGUAACUUCCCCAUUCACCCAAAGAGCAAAGAUAGAGCUAAAGUGUGAAUGUGCACCAAACACGGCCACACCCCCUAAUAGCGGUGCAUCAUUCUGUUUUCUGGUGAGGCUGUAAAAAUUUACUUAUAAAACCGAACUGUUUGGUCGGUUCUAAUAAGACUUGUAAAAAUUUACCGACAAAAUUGAACCAUUCGGUUAAGUGGUUAACAGACCAAAUAGGUGGGUUCGGCCAAA